CAGCAAGUUUCCGAGGUUUAUUUUUCCCCUCCUUGCACUGAUUGGAAAAAAAAAAAAAUCUACAUCGUCCUGCCGGAACCGCAGCCCUCACUCGGCUUCCGGGACUCCUCGUUCGGCUGUCCCGGCGGGCCCCUCCGCGCGCUCCGCAGGCCUGGGCUGGGUGAUUUCGCCCCUGCAAGUUCAGGCACCCGUCUGUGCAACCACGGGGUCUUUGGGACCUAGGUGUUCGAGCCCAGACCAAUCAUGGCCGGAAGACCCGUCCGCAUCGGCGACCAGCUGAUUCUGGAGGAAGAUUAUGACGAGACCUAUAUCCCUAGUGAGCAAGAAAUUCUUGAAUUUGCCAGAGAGAUUGGUAUUGAUCCCAUCAAGGAACCAGAACUGAUGUGGCUGGCGCGGGAGGGCAUCGUGGCCCCGCUGCCCAUGGAGUGGAAGCCCUGCCAGGACAUCACAGGUGAUAUUUACUAUUUCAACUUUGCCAACGGGCAGUCCAUGUGGGACCAUCCAUGUGAUGAGCAUUAUCGGAACUUGGUGAUUCAAGAGCGGGGGAAGCUGUCAACUCCUGCAGCCAUCAAGAAGAAAGACAAGAAAAAGAAAAAGGAAAAGAAAGACAAGAAGGACAAAGAGACCUCCAAAAGCCCACUGGAAACACAGCCUGAACAGGGACUUCUGCAUUCUUCCUCCUUUCUCUGCCGCCCAUCCCUUCUCCUAGCACCUGGGCUUGCUGAUCUGGACCUAGACCAAGAGAUGCAGGCUAGAAACGAGGGCUCCUUUAAGAAAGGAGAGAGCCCCUGCAAGCUGGGUGACACCCCCUGGCCUUUCAUGGGCACCCUGCCCAGCAAGCUACAGCCACUCUCCAAAGGCCAAGCUUCUCAAUACCACCAUAUCUUUGCUGACGUGGAGAAAACCUUAGGCAAUGCCCUGGCCCAGUGCAGGACAGAAAUGUGUGAUCUGCAGGGUCUGGGGAAACCCCAGAAGCCAACAGAGAAAAUCUACCUGGGGUUUUCAGACCCUGAAAUAGAAGAGCUGGAGCUGAGGACCAGACAGCAGAAGCCUAGCACGCUGGGCCCUGAGAACACCAGGCCCCUCCAGAAUGGGCAGGAGAUGUUGGAAGGCCAGGCCUCUGUCCACUCAAAGCUUUCUGAAACCAUCAGGGGCUUACAGCUAGAAGGGGAGCAGCACGGCCACCGUGUGGCCAAACGGGGCUCCACUGGCCCCAAGGGAGACAAGAGCCAGAGCCCCCUCCCCUCCUCAUUCCACGAGGAGAACCCCUCCCGGUCCUCGUGUUCCUCUGACCACAUGCCAGCUCCCAGGAAGAGCCAGCUGCUCUUGUUAGAUAGCGGCCCAGCUGAAGAUCAGAGCUGGCAGGGCGUUUCUGGGGAAGGUGGGAGUGUGGGCAGGGGGAGGAGGAGGAAAGAGUCCCCAGGACUGUGGAUGAGACAGGUCUCUAAGCUUGUCAACAAGGACCCCCCUGGGAGCUGCAAGGAGACAGGACCCAGUGACCCUGAGGCUCCCAGGGCCUCAGCUAAGGAUCCACCUCAGGAGUGCUUCCUAAGACCGCUGGAUGUGCUGGCAUUAGAGCCAGCCCAGAAUGCCCCUUCAGGGAGUGCCCCUGGAGACUUCCCUGCCAGUGAGCAGAGAUGCCCCCGGGGGUCUCUAGAGCCCUCUGAAGGAGACAGGAAGCCUAGUGGGUCUGAGCCCGACUUAGAGAGCAACAGUUUGUCUUCCCACCGUGGCUCUCAGAUCCUGGGUGAGGUGAACAACUUCCCUUGGGACCUUCAGAGCUCUCAGGGCUCCGAGCAGGGCGUGGCUGAGUCAGGUGCCAGGCGCAGAGAUCAGCGCUCCAGCCCCUUCCUAGGCCUCCAGUUGUUCCCCAUGCAGAACUCUGCUGAUAAGCAGUCCGAGAGUGAAGACUCCUCUGAGGGCAAGAGGUUCUAUGGGCACAUCCUGCAGAUGGCCAAGAUCUCCAGGCGGCUGGAGGGUCUGGGGCUGUCCGAGAGCAUGCAGGAAACACCAUGUAAAGAUAUCGCCGGCAGGGUCUGUUGCAUGGCGGCCGAAUCUUCCAGGAUGUCUAGUGAGGGUGAGCACGAGGCUGUCAGAGCCAUGGAGAGGGACUCCAGGUUUCUGGCGUGGGGGCUGGACGUGCUGGAGCAUCCUCAGGAGAUGGCUCUUGCCUCUGCUGGGCAGGAGGCCUCUCAGCAAGCCUGUUUCCAGCCAAGCAGCAGUCCCUUCAGGCAGAGGCUAGUCGAGCUGAGUUCCAGCAGAGGGCUUGCUCCAGAGCCAGGCAUGCUGCAGCUUCUCAACCAGGUCCUGGGCUCCUCAUUAGCUGCAGGCCACGUCCCUCCUGGGGGCCUGGCUCCCUUACGAGGCCUUGUGGAUGUCCCAGCCUCUGCUCUUCGAGGAUCUCAAAAUGUGAACCUGGAGAGCUCAGUGGAGUCUGGUCAGCUCAGAGAAGUCACACUGCCUUCACAGGGUCUCAAGACUUCUGCUUAUUCAAAGGGUCUCUUGGGCUCCAUCAAUGAGGACAAGAAUGCUCUCAGCCUCUUGGCUUUAGGGGAGGAGACCAAUGAGGAGGAUGAGGCAGAGAGUGACAAUCAGAGUGUCCGCAGUUCAAGCGAACUUCUUAAGAACCUACACCUGGACAUUGGGGCACUGGGGGCUGACUUUGAGUAUGAGGAGUCUCCAAGAACAAGCCAACCAGAGGAGAAGAAGGACACUUCUCUGGAUUCAGAUGCUGCCAGGCCCCCCACUCCCGGCAAGCUCUUCAGCCAGGGUGCAGACAACAGUCUGAGCAGCACUGAUGGCACAGGGCAGCAGGGAAGAGGGGCGAGUGCUUGGCAUCUGGACAAAGAAAAGGAUGAGAAGAGUGAUCCUGGGAUGUCCAGGAGUGGGGUGGACCCUGGGGGUGGUCAGCCUGCCAAAGCCAACAAAAAGGAGGUACCAGAGAACCCAGUGGAUGCAGGAGAGGAAGGUUCCAAGAACAGAGAGGCAGAGGAGCCCAAGGAGGAGGCUUCUGUUUGGAAAGAGAGCCAAUCACAGGCGAGCCAGGAGUCGGAGAUUAGUGAGCACAUGAAGGAGCUGCAGCUUUCAGACUCCGCUGCUUCUGACCCCAAGCCCUUCCUGGGCCUGGACUUUGGUUUCCGCAGCCGGAUAUCGGAGCACCUGCUGGAUGUUGAUGUGCUUUCCCCAGUCCUGGAUGGAGCCUGCUGGGAGGCCCAGAGGCUGGGGAGAGAAGACAAGGAUGGCAGCCAGUCCAGCCAAGAUGAGCUGCAGAACAAGCAGUCCAGAGCCUCAGAGAGGUUGUCUCCUCCACUUUUGCCUGGGAGGUGGCUCCAGAGUCCCCUUCACAGCCAGGCCACCGAAGAAGGGCCUCCUCAAGCCUCUGAGGGACAGCCUGAGCAGGAGCAGAAGCGGGCAGAGGAGCCUGGGGAGGACUCUGCAGGCAGCCCGGUCCUGCUCAGUUCCCUUCAGAGGGAGGAGACUCCAAGCCCACCUGCUGCCCAGGAGAGGGGCAAGGAACAGCGCUCUGGGGCCACGGAGCUGGGCCCUGGGCAGGAAGAGGCCCAGGAGCUUGAGGAGCAGGUGGCAGCCAGCCCUGCCCCACCAGUCUCUCCAGAGCUAGAGAAGAGGGCAUGCCCAGCCAUGGCAGGCCACUUGGGGAAGGACCAGGGUGUGUCAGGAGACAGAAGAGUCAAGAAGGGAGAGCAUGGCACAGAGCCUUUAUUGGGGUUUCCGUGGGAAGGAAUGGAUGAGGCAGGACAAUCUACAGAGCCUGCAGCUCCCCCAGAGCAGGCUUCGCUGAAGGCCAUGGAAGAGGCCAUGGCCCAAGAACUGGAGCAAGACUGGAGGCGGCUUCUGGAAUCGAAGCAAGAGAAGAUGCAGCAGUUGCGGGAGAAGCUGUGGCAGGAGGAGGAAGAGGAGAUCCUCCAGCUUCACCAGCAGAAAGAGAAGGCUCUCAGUUCCCUGAAGGAGCAGCUGCAGAAAGCCACCGAGGAAGAGGAGAGUCAGAUGAGGGAGGAGGAGAGCCAGAGGCUGUCCCAGCUCCGGGCCCAGGUGCAGUCCAGUGCGGAGGCAGAUGAGGGCCGACUCAGGGCCGAGCAGGAGGCUUCCUUGCAGAAGCUGAGAGAAGAAUUGGAGUCUCUCCAGAAGGCCGAGAGGGCCAGCUUGGAACAGAGGAGCAGACAGAUGCUGGAGCAGCUCAAGGAAGAGAUGGAGGCCUCGGAGAAGAGAGAGCAGGCUGCCUUGAACGCGGAGAAGGAGGCAGCUUUGCGGCAGCUCAGGGAGCAGCUGCAGGGGGAGAGGAAAGAAGCGGUGGCAGCCCUGGAGAGGGAGCACAGAGCCGAGCUGGACCGGCUCUCUUCCUCGCUGGAGGCCAAGCACAGAGAGGUUGUCUCCAGCCUCCAGAAGAAGAUAGAGGAAGCUCAGCAGAAAGAGGAGACCCAGCUGCAGGAGAGUCUCAGUUGGGCAGAGCAGAGGGCUCAGCAGAAGGUUCACCAGGUCCUCCAGUAUGAGCAAGAGCUCAGUGGCCUCCUGCGGGAGAAGCGCCAGGAGGUGGAGAGGGAACACGAGAGGAAGCUGGACAAGAUGAAGGAGGAGCACCAGCAGGUGGUGGCUGAAGCCAGAGAGCAGUACGAAGCUGAGGAGAGGAAGCAGCGGACAGAACUCCUGGGCCACCUGACCAGGGAGCUGGAGCGCCUGCGAAAGUCACACGAGCGAGAAUUGGAGGCUGUGAGGCAGACACAGGACAGGCAGCUUGAGGACUUGCGGCGUCGGCACCGGGAGCAGGAAAGGAAACUCCAAGAUUUGGAGGUGGAACUUGAAACCAGAACCAAAGAUGUCAAGGCCAAAUUGGCUCAGCUGGAUCUCCAGGAGGAGACUGCCCGAAGGGAGCAGCAGCAGCUCCUUGAUGUGCAGAGGCAGGUUGCGCUGAAGAGCCAGGAGGCCACGGCCAACCAUCAGCACUUGGAUGAGGCAAAGAAGGAGCACACCCACCUGUUGGAGUCUAACCAACAGCUCCGGAAACUUCUUGAUGAACUUCGGGCCCACAAAUUGGAGCUGGAGUCCCAGGUAGAUGCGCUGCAGACCCAGAGUCAGAGGCUGCAGAAGCAAGUCAGCGACCUGGAGGCUGAAGCCCAGAGGAAGCAGGACAUACUGAAAGAGCUGGCAGCUAAGGAGAGUAACGCUUCUGCACAGUGUGAGCUGGAUCUUCACAUUGAGGACCUGAGGAAAUCCUUUGGGAUAAACCAGACCAAAGAGGUAUCCUCUAUUCUCUCCCAGAGCAAGGAGGAGACCAACUUGUCCUUGGACAGUGUCCGACACUACCUCUCUGCUGAGGGCAUAGCGCUCCGUAGUGCCAAGGAGUUCCUGGUGCAGCAGACACACUCCAUGCAGAGGCGGCAGACGGCCCUGAAGGCCGCCCAGGAGCACUGGCGCCAGGAGCUGGCCAGUGCUCAGGAGGCCACCCAGGAUCCCCCAAGCGCCAAGGCCCUGGAAGAUGUGCGCAAGGACCUGGAGGAGGAGACCAGGCAUCUGGACGAGAUGAGGUCAGCCAUGCAGAAAGGCCACGACCUGCUGAGGAAGAAGGAGGAGAAGCUCAUUCAGCUGGAGUCCUCUCUUCAGGAAGAGGCUUCAGAAGAGGACAUUCUGAGAGGAGCCCCCACCAAGAAGGUGGUGACUUUUGACCUCAGCGACAUGGAAGACAUGAGUAGCACCAGCUCUGAGGCCUGCUCCCUGCCUCACAUCAACCUGACCACCAGUGCCACCUUCCCCAACGAGUUCCACUAUUUGAGCAAUUCCCUGCAUCAGAUCAGCAGCCAACUGAAUGGUGUCCUCAGCAUGCUGGGCAGUCUCAACCCGCAGCUGCCACCACCGCUCUUCACUGCUACACCGGUGCACACCCUGGCCCGGGACCCCAGGAGUGCCCCCACGCCCACCUGCCCCUCCCUGGCCCGGGUCUCAGCCUCACCACUGGGUAGGCCUACAUCCACCCAGUGGGCCUGGGACCCCAGGUUGGGCCCCAGGCUCUCCUCCUCUGUGACUCAGACAGUGGACGACUUCCUGGUGGAGAAGUGGCGCAAGUAUUUUCCAACUGGAGUUCCACUCCUCAGCAGCAACCCUGCCCCACUGGAGAACAGGCUGGGUUAUGUGUCUGCCAGUGAGCAGCUGCGCCUCCUGCAGCGGUCCCAGGCCCACGGCCCCGGGGUGGGCAGCCCUGACUUUCAGAGCAUGAUUGAGGCCAACCGCAAGUGGCUAGAACAUUACAGGAAUGACCCCAAGCUACAGCUGUUCUCUUCAGUGCCCAAGCCAGCGGCUGGCUCCAGACUCCUGCAGCUGGGCCUGGAUGAGCACAACACACUGAAGGUGUAUCACUACUAGGGCCCCCACCUCUCCCGCGCCCAGACCAAGUGCCUGAGGAGCUGCCUGCGCUCUGUUCCUUCUGAGCGAGCGUUCUCCUGCCCCGGGUGCCCUAUUUGCUGCCUGCCCCAGUCAGAGGAACCAUGGAGGCCAGGGCUGGGUGGAAAGGAUGGUGCCACUGAACACUGUAAGCUGCCCCUCUGAGCCCACAUGUAUCACGCUGAAGAAUGUGGACUUCUGGGAACUCCCACCUGGAUGAGGCAGCAUUGACAUGGGGUGAUGGAGACCCGGGAGCCUUCAGGAGGGAGGACAUGGUAUUAGGAGUUGCCUCCCGAGGCCAAGGGCCUCCCGUUGGAGCGGAGUCGAUCCCCUGGACCUGCAGGGGGCUCCAUGCUUAGUGCUCCCUGCAGUGAUAUGCAUAUGGUCCUUAAUUCAGUAGAACAAAGCCCCCCAGCAUGUCUGUACCCUGGGGGACCAGGCUUUAAUACCUCAGCCUCAGACAGACCCUUUUCUUUCUUUUUUCAAGUCUCCUUACUGAGCAUUCUAUCUCAGGAUUGGGCCCAGAGCUCAUACAGAGGUUGCUGGUAGUUGGCCCCCAGAAGCUCUGCUGCCUCUCCUCCCUCUGCUGACUCUGUGCUUUCCUCAGGGGCACCCCCUUCCCUUCCCUCGGGCUCCUCCCUGGAGCCUCCUCCCGACCCCCAAGUCUCAGGUUGCAAGCAUACAACUUUCAAGAAGCCAACAAGCCCUAGGAAAACCCUGGGAUGGCUUUGGGUCCUCAUCUUGGUUUUGUCUUUCUGGGCUGCCACGGAGAGAGGGGGGGGGGUUCUUGUUUCCACCCCUCUAGCAUCCGUCCUCAGAGCUGGUAGGCCAGUUCUGAAGGCAGCACCUGGCACUGGCAGUGGGGAUCUUGUGCCAGGUCGAGCCGCUGCCAUUCUGGCACGGCUCCCCGCGGUCCCGCUUCCCAUCAGAGGGCUCCUCGAGGGGCUGCAGGCCAUGUUCUCGGACAUCUGUCCCAUUGUUUAGAUAAAAUGUCCCCGUAUUUGUCUCAAAAGCUAUGGGUUGCCCUCGCCUCUCCACUGCAUACAAACCAAGUCUCUGCCAGCCUCUCAUUCAGUUCUUUUUCUGGGACUAAGAAACUUUUUACCUCCCUCCCCCUCCACCCCCACCCCUUAGGCAUCAGUCUACCAUAGAGAAAAAAGUCCAUUUUGUUAUUUGGCUCAUUCUGUGUGCUUCGGGGCUAGCUCAUGUGUUACAACCAACUCUGGUGACAAUCCUGUGUUUUCUACAGCAAUUAAAUCCCUGCAGGUCCAUUUGCCACAAGGCA